AUGUCCGAGGCGACCCUUGCUCUGCGAAAGGUCGGACGUGUUCGUGUCUUAUUGUUCAACAGGCCAAGGGCUGACCUCCACCCGAAAUCCACGCAGUUCUCACCGGGGACGGCUACGCAGGUGAGGCUCAUCACAGCUGUGAAGACGCCUUAUCUUCCUGAUGGAAAGGUGGAUCUCGAGGCCUACGAAAAGAUUGUGGAGCACCAAAUCGCCAAUGGAGCUCGUUUCUCAGUGUAUGGCACAAGGAUGUCGAGUCCGAGUGCCUGUGAUGGUCCCGAAGAUAUCAAGGUCGAAGGCUUGAUUGUUGGCGGCACGACGGGGGAGGGUCACCUCCUUUCCUGGGAUGAACACCUGAACCUCAUCGCGCACACGAAGGCCAAAUUCGGUGGCCGAAUCCUCAUUGCCGGCGGCUCGUGCAAAGACUCGCCAAUUAUCAAGCGCAGUUUCAAAGCGGUGCCGACGCCUGGUGACCGCAGACCUGCAUUUGCAGAGGCCGUCUGGGCCACGGAGAAGGGCUUCGCUGCCGGGAUGGAUGCUUCACUUCUGAUCAAUCCCUACUACGGCAAGACAUCUGACUCUGGGAUUAUCAUGCAUUUGGAAGCGGCCCUCAAGUUCGGACCUGCCUUCAUCUACAAUGUGCCGGGCCGAACGGGGCAGGACAUCAAGUCCAGCGUGAUGGUAAAGAUCAAGGAUCACCCUAAUUUUGUGGGCGUCAAGGAGUGCAUGGGCCACGAGCGCAUCAAGGAAUACAGCAGUAUUGGCGUUUGCUGCUGGUCUGGCAACGAUGACCAGAUGCACGAAUCGAGACAUCAGCAUGGAGCUGUUGGUGUCAUUUCUGUUACGUCGAACAUUGUGCCGGCUCUGGUCAAGAAGCUUAUGACAGAAAAGGAUGAUGCAUUAGAUGCCAAGCUGCAGCCACUUUACAAGUGGCUUUUCACAGAUCCCAACCCAAUUGGUGUGAACACCAUGUUGAUGAUGCUUGGUGCUGCCAAGCCAGUCUUUCGCUUGCCGUAUACCUUCGUUCCCAGGGACCGACGGACACAAGGAGUGGAGCUGCUCACGUCCAUCGGUUUAGAGAACUGCCCUGCCUUCGGAGAGCUGAAGGCACUUGAGGACGCCGAAUUUCAGCACACACUUGGAGAGGUGGGCCACUAG